AUGACUUCCAGUAAAAUAGAGAUGCCUGGAGAAGUGAAGACAGACCCUGCUGCCCUGAUGGCCUCUCUACAUCUGCUGCCCUCACCCACCCCAAACCUGGAGGUCAAGCAUACCAAGAUUUUUAUAAACAAUGAGUGGCAGAGCUCUGAGAGUGGCAAAGUGUUCCCGGUCUAUAAUCCAUCCACCGGGGAGCAGAUCUGUGAGGUCCAAGAAGCUGAAAAGGCUGAUGUGGAUAAAGCAGUAAGGGCCGCACGUUUAGCGUUUUCUCUAAGCUCUGUAUGGCGGAGAAUGGAUGCAUCUGAGAGGGGGCGACUUUUGGAUAAACUAGCUGAUCUGGUAGAAAGAGAGAGAGCAAUCCUUGCUACACUCGAAUCCCUUAAUAGCGGCAAGCCUUUUCUGCAGUCAUUUUAUGUGGAUCUACAAGGUGUGAUUAAAACUCUCCGCUAUUAUGCCGGAUGGGCUGACAAGAUACAUGGCAUGACUAUCCCAGCAGAUGGAGAUUAUUUUACAUUUACAAGACAUGAACCUAUCGGAGUAUGUGGACAGAUCAUCCCAUGGAACUUUCCCCUAUUGAUGUUUGCAUGGAAGGUGGCACCAGCUCUCUGCUGUGGGAAUACUGUGGUGAUUAAACCAGCUGAACAAACACCACUCACUGCACUUUACAUGGGAGCGCUCAUCAAAGAGGCUGGGUUUCCACCAGGAGUUGUGAAUAUUUUGCCAGGAUAUGGGCCAACUGCAGGCGCAGUGAUAACUUCUCACCCUGACAUAGAUAAAAUUGCAUUCACUGGCUCUACAGAGGUUGGAAAACAGAUCCAAGAAGCAGCAGGAAGAAGCAAUCUGAAAAGAGUGACCCUUGAAUUAGGGGGAAAGAGUCCUAACAUUAUUUUUCCAGAUGCAGACCUGGACUAUGCAGUGGAACAAGCACACCAAGGUGUCUUCUUCAACCAAGGACAAUGUUGUACUGCAGGCUCCAGAACAUUUGUUGAGGAGUCGAUCUAUGAUGAAUUUGUUCGGAGAAGUGUUGAACGUGCAAAGAGGAGAGUAGUUGGGAGUCCUUUUGAUCCAACGACAGAACAAGGCCCACAGACUGAUAAGAAGCAGUACAAUAAAAUCUUGGAACUGAUUCAGAGUGGUAUUGCCGAAGGUGCCAAAUUGGAAUGUGGUGGCAAACCAUUGGGAAGGAAAGGACUCUUCAUAGAGCCUACUGUCUUUUCCAACGUGACAGAUGACAUGAGAAUUGCAAAAGAGGAGAUAUUUGGGCCUGUCCAACAAAUAUUAAGGUUUAAAACGAUGGAGGAAGUUAUUGAAAGAGCCAACAAUUCUGACUUUGGGCUAGUUGCAGCUGUAUUUACCAAUGAUAUUAACAAGGCCCUUACGGUCUCCUCUGCAAUGCAGGCUGGAACAGUGUGGAUAAAUUGUUACAAUGCUUUAAAUGCUCAAAGCCCAUUUGGAGGAUACAAAAUGUCUGGAAAUGGAAGAGAAAUGGGUGAAUAUGGAUUGCGGGAAUACACAGAAGCAAAGACAGUGACCAUAAAGAUCCCACAGAAGAAUUCCUAA